UACAAUCUCAAGCGAAUUGGGAGGAGCACCCUUUGGGAAUGUGGUCUCGUUUAGCGAUGGAGAACCUGGAAAAGGUAGGGGUAUCCCAUACUUCUACUUGACAACUCUGGAUCCCACUGCAAGAAAUGCACUGAAAGACCAGAGGGCUUCGUUGACAGUUAGUGAACAUCCUAUUGGAACCUGUGGGAAGACAGACCCUGAGAACCCCACUUGUGCAAAGAUUACACUUACAGGAAAGUUGAAGAUUGCUGAUAAAGAUUCCAAAGAAACAGAGUUUGCUAAGAAUGCCUUGUUCUCAAAGCAUCCAGAGAUGAAGGAUUGGCCCAAGAAUCACAACUUCGAGUUCUUCAAAUUAGACAUUGAGAAUAUCUUCUUGAUUGAUUGGUUUGGUGGUCCAAAACCUCUCACAGUGGAUCAAUACCUUCACACCCAAACGACAGAAUACGCCUUCAUUCUGGGAUUUCUCAUCUAACUGUGAUUCUCCCUCUUGCA